UCCGGGCGGGCUCUUCGCAGCGUGGACGGGCGGAGCCAGGGUUUCCAUCCCUCUUCACCCAGGUUCACAGCCAGGGUUCGAAGUGGCCAUGGCAAGACCGCGAGUGCGGCUGGUAGUGACUGCGGAUGACUUUGGUUACUGCCCACGGCGCGAUGAGGGCAUCGUGGAGGCCUUCCUGGCAGGGACGGUGACCAGCGUGUCCUUGCUAGUCAAUGGCACGGCCGCAGAGAGCGCAGCGGAGCUGGCCCGGAGGCACAGCAUCCCUACGGGCCUCCACGCCAACCUGACCGAGGGCCGCCCGGUGGGCCCCGCGCGCCACGGCUCCUCGACGCUGCUCAGCCCGGAGGGUUUCUUCCUCGGCAAGAUGGGAUUCCGGGAGGCGUUGGCUUCUGGAGACGUGGCUUUGCCUCAGGUGCAGGAAGAGCUGGAGGCCCAGCUCAGCCGCUUCCGGGACUUGCUAGGCACCGCCCCCGCGCACGUGGAUGGGCACCAGCACGUGCACGUGCUCCCAGGCGUGUGUCAAGUGUUCGCACAGUUGCUGCAGGCGUCCGGAGUGCACUUCACGCGGCUGCCGCUGGAACGCGGCGUGGGCAGCUGCGCGUGGCUGGAAGCCCCAGCUCGCGCCUUCGCCAUUACGGUAGAGCGCGAUGCCAGGGCCGCCGUGGACCCCUUCUCCCGCCACGGCUUGCGGUGGACUGACGCUUUCAUAGGCCUGAGCACUUGUGGCCGGCACAUGUCUGCUCACCGAGUGUUGGGGUCCCUGGUGCAAGCCCUGGAAGAUAUCCCUGCGGGCCACGCCCUGACAGCCGAGUUGAUGACACACCCUGGGUACCCCAGUGUGCCUCCAGCUGGGGGCUGCGGUGAAGGACCCGAUGAUUUCUCUUGCUCUUGGGAGCGGCUACAUGAGCUACACGUCCUCACAGGGCCCAUGCUGAAGGCUCUGCUUGCCAAGAGCGGGGUACAGCUCUGUGCUCUGAACGACCUGGACUCUUAAGAGACUAGGAGAGGGGGUUCCCUGCGAGACAAUUCUGGAGCCAACCCUGGAGCCUUCCCCACCCUGACAUGAACAGCUAGCCAAGCACUACCUCCCCUCUGUGGAGGAAGAGACCCAGGACUAAGCUUGGCCACAGCCUUAGAACCAUGCUCUGGAACAGGGUCCGUGGCUUUCCAGGGUGAGAUACCACUAGCCUUGUCCCCAAGUCUGAAUGGCUCAGAGCGGUAGCCAGAGCUUGGGCAGCUCUUCCUGGCUGCUAGCAGGCUCAGCCUGUGACAUGUGGACCUAGGUAGGGCUUGCAGAGAAUUUGGGACUGAUUUGUUUCAUGAUAAGCAUCUGUUUAGGGACAGUAGGAAGGAAUUGGUGUAUGAAUAAAAUAAUGUGCCCUUCA